AUGCCAAAUAAAACUAAAAUUGUUCCGUGUGAAGGCUGUCGAGAGAGAAAAAAGAAAUGUAGUUCUGGAAAUCCAUGCGAAAGAUGUAUAAAUCUCGGCAUUGAAUGUUAUUACAUUCAGCCUGCAAUUCCUCCUGAUGUUGAUUAUCUUGAGAUGAUUAGCAACCAAACAACAGCAUUAGACGUUUAUAAGCUUGAGACCUUAGUAUCGGAAAUGGAGCAUGAGAUUGUUAAGCUUCAGCAGUACCAACAAACCAAGAGGUAUAAGCGCGGAAACUCGGAGGAGACGGAUGACAAUGACAGUAUUUUAAGUUCAACAACUGUCUCACUUACCGAAUCGAGCGUGUCUUCUGUCGACGUAUUACCCCCCGAAGACUUGAACUGGAAGCUGUCAAUUGGAAAACAUGGCAUGCGUAUAGAUACCAAUAUCGAUUCUUAUCUUAUACUUUUACAACAGUUGGAGAAGAUAAAAUAUGGGUCAUACAUACCUUUAUUUCGGCAACCUCCCGUUGAACCCGCUGACGAUUUCUUAAGGCGUGGCAUCCUUAGUACUACUCUACGGACUGGUCUUUUCAAAUCAAUACAACGCUGUAUCGCUUCCAUCGCACACAAACAAUUACCAGAUAUUGACAAGCUUGAAGAUUGUGGAGACUCAGAAAAUCCCAAGCCUAUUGCAUUGACUUUGCUGGACGCUUAUUUUUCUUGCAACUUCUUCCGUCUUGUUAUUUGUCAGAAGACAGCAUUCUAUCGUCUGUUUGUCAAUGAAAAAGAUCCAGAAUCAUCUGCUGUCGUGUGUGCUGUAUGUGCUGUAACACUUACUAUACGAUGCCGACAUGCUCUCUGUAAGGUUCCAUACAAUAAUCAUGUCAAGACAAGUGAAUAUUUCUUUAAUCGUGCACGAAGACUGGUCGAGCUCCAGUUCGAUGACAUUAGCCUAGAGACUAUGGCGGCAUAUCUCUUCAUGGCUUCUUAUAAAGCCAACAUGCUACGGGUAGAAGAAGCCAAAACUUACCUUGGUAUGGCAAUCAGAAUAAAAAACCUAAUACAAGACGAUUACAUUCCAAAGUCUGCGCCAAAUAAUCUGUCAGAGGAAUUUAUUCAAGAUCGAGAGAUGUUUAAGCGAUUACAUUGGGGCCUCUAUGACACUGGAAGUUUCAUUGAUUUUUGCUAUAACAAACGCGGUAUUCCAGUAAUUGCCUCACGAGGACAAAUGAAUCGAGGAAUAUCGUGCAACCUCUUGGAUAAUGUAUCUUUGAAGGAUUAUUUACCUGUACCAACUCCAGAUGAGUCUCCAGAUAUAGCUCGCGCUGUAAUUAAGGACAGUUAUGCAAGACAGUUCCAAAGUAUAUUAAACUCGUACCUUCGAGUUAUACGUAAACCAGGCACCGGAAUAGUUCCAGUCUCUUUACUCAUAGCAACCCAAGAACAUCUCACCGAAUUCUAUUACAAAACAAUUGAGCCUGAAUAUCGACUUUCACUCAAUAUUUUUGAAGAUGGUCUGACAGAUGAAGAAUUUCAACAGAGACUGAAGAAAGAUAUUAACUGUGAUCGGGCAUCAAUUACAUUGGCUCUAAGAUUCUACUCUAGUAUGCUUAGCUUGUAUGAGCCCUAUUUACCUGAAGUACCACAAAAUACAAAGAUGACAAAAUCACCACUGACAGUAUUGGAUCCAGACGAAGAAGACAUGUUUGUUCUCUCUCCACCAGAACUAUUUGAACCAGACAUCGAUAGUUCAGUACAUUUUCCUCACCCAUCAGUUUACGCCCUCCGAUCUCAAGAGAUCUGCUUCAGAUCGGCUGUGAUUGUAGUAAGGCUUCUUGAGUAUCAAUUAUCACAAUUGGAUAUUUGCCAAGUUAUUAUGCCCUGCCUUAUGGCAGCUUGGGAUGUACAUAUGCGCAAUGCUUGUCUCGGACUCUCUAAUCCAGAUAAGUCUGGCACUUUUCUGACUUCUCGCACCAUCAAGAUAUCCCGUGAAUAUGUUUUACGAUGUAUUAAUGUAAUGAGAAAGGGCUAUUUAUUCAACUCUGCUGAACAUCAUAUGUGGAAACACUAUCAAAGAAUUGAGCAAAAUGUAUUUAAUAUCCUAUAUUCUGGGGUAACAAAUACGGCUCCCUUCUGGGAACCAUUAGAAUCAAGUGCCUGGUGA